GUGUCGGAGCGGGGUGUCCCCUCUAUGUCCAUGUGACGGUCGUGGGUUAGCUAACAUUUAGCAAGAAAGUCUCUGUAGUCCUUCGUAGCGCCGGCUUGAGAAAAUCCCGGAUUCGACCCUCAGUGAAGGCUACACUGUCGUAGUUUUUGCGUUGUGUUUUUGGGCUAUUAGCUCUCCAGAGUCCUAAACAUAUAUAUCCAAAUGACAUAGCCACGACUCGGUACUUAAGGAGUGGCACAGUAAGACCUUAACUCAAAAUGCACCCUGACCUUUCACCUCACCUCCACACGGAUGAGUGUAAUGAACUAAUAACACUUCUACGUCAAUGCCACAAGGAGCACAAUGUCAUGAGGUUCUUUGGCACGUGUAAUGACGCGGACCGGGCUAUGCGGCAAUGCCUGAAGAAAGAGGGAUACAAGCCCAGGGCUCCCACUGAUUCAGUGAAUUGAGGUUGGCGAAACGGGAGCGCAGCAGGCAGCAUGCCAAAGAGAUGGAAAGGAAGCUGAAGGAAGGGCCAAAGGAUGAGUUCUGAAGGAGAUUUGACUGCAUUCUCGCUUCAGACGAGGGAGAGUUGGGGAACCAGAAUAUUGAGACUGACACCAAGAUCAUUAUAAAACAGCCUAUCCUGUUGCUGCAGCAUCUUCACAUAACCGGGGUCAUAGCCCGUCCUAGUGUUUCUCUGUCCUAGUGUUCCUCUGUGUAUUCACUGGAGUUACCGAGAAGGCGGGCUUUGUUGGCUAGUUUAGCUGAUUCAGCUGUGGCGAUGUCCACUACCAAUACAUUUUGUCUGCAGAUUUUAUGAUGACUACCAGUACAUAAACUCUGUGCACCAAGUGGGUAUAGAGUGUAGUAUAGACCUCACAACCUACACCUUACAGUCUGUAUUAAAACUACUAUUUAUUGACAUGUUAUAGUAUGUAAUAUCCAUUUUGUGGGGCAUUUCUUGGGGUGGAGUUUUAAGACGCAAGAUAAAAGUUUUGUGUCCUGACUUGUACUGACUUAUACAAAGCUGCCAUACACUUUUUUUUUUUUGUGAAAAUGUUUUAAAUCAGGGUUUAUUUGAAUAAGGAAUCAUAUUGAUUCAAGAAGUUUGACUCCUUUCGAAUAUGGUGUUGCUUAUA